UCUUCUUGAAUCCCAAGCUGUUGGUUCAUUUGGUUCAUUUCUACGUAGCCGAGGUCUGCAUUCCGAGGGACAUACCGAUGUCGAUCAUCCUUCCUGCAACGGCCGAAACCUUCUUCCGUGACACCGUGACAGACCGCGGGAUCCGCGUUCUCAUGGAGGCCGUGGAGGCUUUGAACGUGCGGGAUGCAAAGGCUUCUUCGACGGUGGAUGAGGAUUUGAUCAAACAAAUUAUCCUCAACACCAUCGGCUUCGACGUGGUGAACAACGCGGUGCGGACGCGACUGGUUGAUCAGUUGGCCGCCUUGUUCCGCGAACUGUUGUUGCCACAGCCGCGCUGAAGCACCAUGAAGCACCAUGAAGCACCAUGACGAGGGGGCUGCUUAGGUAAAGAUGUCUAGGCCCUCUAGGCUCAUGGCGGAAUGUAGUAACGAGACAUGUUGGAUGGAACGCGGUGUGGCCAGUUCAGAGCUUGCAGCAACAUUUUUU